AUGGAAGAUAGCCACAACCACCCUCCCAAAGAAGCUUCAAAGCACCCUGCAAUCAUGAAAAAUGCCAUCAAUGAUGAAAGCCCUCUCCUAAAGAUCACAACUUCCAAAAUGCAAUCUGAUAUUAACCCCAAAGGCAAGAUCUCCCUUCACAAACAAGCAUAUUGUGAGGAUGAAUCCUUCAUUCCAAAGGUCAAGGAAAAGAAGCCAUUGAAAAAGAAGGCAGUGCCAAAAUCCCGGAUCGCACCAAAGACGUGUUCUAAUACGUGUUUCACGCUUGCUUCGGCUUUGGCUGUAGAUUCUGAUGACGAAGAUGCGUCUUUGAGAUUCCCCAAACUGCCUAGCGUGAAGCAUCCCUGUGCUAAGGUUGAACAAAAGAAGAAGAAAUCUCGGAGCAAGCGAGCCCAAGACAAGCCCACUGGGUUCGAGGACUGGGCAACUGAUGCUCCAAUUACUGUGGAGGAGGCUGAAUAUGAAAGUCGCAUCUAUGACCCCGGCGCCCCAUUUAUCGACCGACUUGAUGAUGCCCUGAUUCGAUUCCAGAUGAAGCGACGAUUUGACCCGGUCCGACGCAACAUCUUCAUGAAGUAUCUGCAGUACGGCGGCAUCACAGUCAGCCAGAACUACGGAACUGGCAUCGGAACACGUGAGCUGCGUGAGAUGAAGGAUGAGGAUGCAGCCAGAGCUCGCAGCCAGACAAUGAUUGAACUGAGUCGCGGAAAUCUCGACGUGGACUUUGAUCUGGCCCUCAAAGGCUACUUUAGCUCUUUCUUUCUGCAGAAGUUUCGCCCGGAGAAUUUGGAGACGAUCAAGCUUGCGACGGUUACGAUCAAAAACUUCUACAAUUACCUGCUCUAUCACAACGUUUGCCCUGAGCACAAGGCUAGCCUUGAAAGGGCACGUAAGACGUGUGAUGAAGCUGAGCAGCAACUGUGGAAGAACAUGCAGCUUGUACGCAAGGGGCCAGGUAGAUUCAACCUAGCAUGCGCAGAAAUCUUGGGCCCCGACGAUAUAUUCAGCAAAGCCAACACAGAAAAUGAUACAGAAGAGCAGAAAGAGAAGAAGACCAUAAUUGGUCUUACUUUCAAACUGGCGAUUACUGUUACAACUGGGGACAGUAGCCUUUAUAACAUCGAAUCACCUUGGUCGUCGGGCAUCUGCCCUGUCCAGCCUAUCCCGGACAUUGAUGGGUUCGAAGUAAUCAGUGUCAAGUUCCCAAGCCCAGAGACUAAGUUGUUUUACACCAAUUACCAAGGUGGACCGCUAGCCAAAUUGUUUGAACCCGUCGGAAUCGUUCAUGCAAAGCCCUUCAUGGAUCCUGCUAAGCCGGAUAUUGACAUGGGACCGAUUGAGCGCAAGAAAUGGGAGUCAAAAGAGUACCCUUUUCACAGGUCUAUGAAUCUGCCAGUUGAAAUCAGUCUCCUCCCAUUUUUCUACCCUGGCCAGAAGGUCCUCACAAAGAUCUUCUAUGUGAGCUCGAGCCCUCCUGGAUUUUACUUUUGCGGUGACUUCAUGGGUGCUUACCCAUCCUUCUACACUGUCUUGGGCAACGACCUCAUGGUCGAUUACAAACCGCCCCGAGAGAAGGUAACCAAGAAGCAACCGGCUUGGGUAGUGGAGGAAGAGGUGGAGGAGGGAGUUGAUAAGCCGUAUGAGGCGGACGCGGAGUAG